CUAGGUUGCGAUUGGUUGUUGAUAGCUUUAUCUUUGCAAGUUUAGGGGGCUUGCAACUGUAGCGAGGAGGCAAAAAUACCAGCGCACAUUGGAUUUCGAUUGAAAGGUCGAUCGAGAACUUAACAUGGUGAAUAAUGAAGAACGAGCUUGCUAUGUGGAGAAUCCAAAAAUUGAAGUGAACCCUAAGCCCAAAAACAGGGAUUAAAAGGGUUAUUUAUAGAGAAAUGUAGAGUACCAAUCUUUUAGAGGGAAAUUUUCCUACCAAAAAUAACCCAAUUGCAACGUUAAAAGCUUGAAAAUAUAAAACUAACAUAAAACAACUAACGACAACUUAACGGUAUUGUUACAACAUAUAAACUAAAGGUACGUUGGACUUACAACAUGAAAUUUUGAAAAUGGAUGAACAAAGCUUAAAAAAGUGAAUAUUGUAAGGGCACACCCUAUAGAAAACCCAAGAAAAUACGAGUAAAAGUUUAAAAAGAAAGCACCAGCAGCACCAUCUCAGCACCCAAAAUAGGAGUCAUUCCCACUAAAUUCAGUAGUAUCAACGGCAAAACAACGAUGCAGCAGCUUUCAGUAACUAGAGACUGCAAUGUCCGACCUCUAUUUUCACCAUCCACCAUAACCCCAUCACCUUCUGCCGCAAAUUCUUCCAAUCUACACAAUUCAAUCAACCCCACCUUCUUUUGCACUACAAAAACAUCAGUUGCAGCAGCAGCAGCAGCAGCAAAAAGAUGGUGCUCAAAAGGGUUUGCACCGGUUGUUUCCGCCGUCAAUGCCGCAUCAUCCGAAGGAGGAAGAGGGGAAAGAUUGAGCUCUGAAUCGCCUGCAAAGGCGCUUCGACGAUUGCUUAAUUCUACUGGCCUUCAUCAAGGCCCCGCCUGCUUUGAUGCUCUGAGUGCUAAGCUAGUACAGGAUGCUGGGUUUGAUUUUUGUUUUACUAGUGGAUUUUCAAUGUCAGCUGCUAGAUUGGGAUUGCCUGAUGUUGGCCUUAUAUCCUAUGGAGAAAUGGUGGAUCAAGGGCAGAAAAUAACAGAAGCUGUGUCAAUACCUGUGAUUGGUGAUGGCGAUAAUGGAUAUGGAAAUGCUAUGAAUGUGAAGAGAACUGUGAAAGGAUACAUCAAGGCUGGCUUUGCCGGAAUCAUCCUGGAAGACCAAGUGUCUCCUAAAGCUUGUGGUCAUACACAAGGCAGGAAAGUCACCUCCAUAGAUGAAGCAGUAAUGCGGAUAAAAGCAGCUAUAGAUGCUAGAAGAGAAAGUGGUUCAGAUAUUGUCAUUGUGGCAAGGACUGAUUCUCGUCAAGCCGUGUCUUUUGAAGAAUCAUUGCAGAGAUCACAGGCCUUUGCUAAUGCUGGAGCUGAUGUUCUAUUUAUAGACGCACUAGCUUCAAGAGAUGAGAUGAAGGCCUUCUGUGAAAUAUCUCCUUCAGUUCCUAAAAUGGCGAACAUGCUUGAAGGAGGAGGGAAAACACCUAUUCUCACUCCUAUGGAACUUGAAGACAUUGGAUACAAAAUUGUUGCUUACCCACUUUCUUUGAUAGGGGUCUCUAUCCAAGCAAUGCAGGAUGCCCUAACAGCCAUCCGAAGAGGCCAUAUUCCUUCCCCAGGAAGUAUGCCUUCUUUUGAGGAAAUCAAAGAUAUUUUAGGUUUUAAAGAUUAUUAUGAAGAGGAGAAGCGGUAUGCCCUAAUCACGACUCCACCACCUUCUCCUCGAGCUGUUGAUAGUGGUUAUGAACUCAUACAGAAUAAACAAGAUAGCUUGAAUGAAAGUGAACAAUCUUCGCGAGAUCAUCCCAUUGAAGUGAUAACACCUGAAGUCUAUACUGGUGCAGAUGGCUCAAGGGGAGCUUUUGGCAAUCUCUGGUCUUGAACAUUGAGAAUCAAAAUUACAGGAAGGGAUGGUAAAGAAAAACUGGAUGUCAGGGUUCCUCCUUAGUGGGUGUAAACCUCAAGGAGAUUUUAGACAAUGCUGCUGAUGGGAUGCAAGGGACACUGUUAGAUUUUAAUGACACACUCGGAGAUAGGAUACAAGCCUUUUUGGAGUAAGAUAAUGAAGUUUGUUGUGACUAAUGUGCAAGAGGUAAAUACUUUAAUAAACAGUAUGAUAGACAUUGUUUUAGAAGCUGAUGUAAUACCAUAAUCUGUAAGCAGAUUUUGCAUAUAAACAUUGUAUAUGAAGUACUCGUAUUUGGAUAAAUUUGGCCCGAAAUGAGUGUCCUUAUCUACCUGUAGAAUGUAGCAGUCACAUAAAGCCUGAGAUGAAGUUUUGCUAUCUUUAUCUAUGUGUAGAAUGUAGCAGUCACAUUAUUUUCCAUUAUGUUGUUAGGAUGUUAUGUGAUGCAACAGUUUUUCAUCC